AUGGGUGACUUGAUAUUCCACGCCAGAUAUGGAAAUUGUUUCCAGGGUAAAAAGAGAAAUACAAUCCAUGCAGAGCAUUUUAUGCUUGAAGACGAAGAGUUCAAACAACAUGUGAAACUCUUAGGAGAUCAGAAAGGGGGAAAAAUUGAGAUGUACAUGAACAAACAGCCUUGCUUUAGAUCAACUAGAGUGAAGACAAAGGAGUGCGCCCAAGAACUGAUCAAUUUCUACAAGUUAUUCUGCUCAUCACAUGGAAUUGAACUCACUGUAAAUCUUUGCCAGUUGUCCAGAGUUGAUGUUAACAUGCAGCUCCCUUCGCCUUCUCUAAACAACGACAUUCAGAAUGCUCGCCUAGGGGUGCAAAUGAUGAUGUCUGCUGGUAUUGAGCUCAAAGCUAUGAAUGAAGAAAGGUGGAAAAAACUUGCAGGAUAUGCAAACAUAAUUGCCUGAGUACAUUGAUGGUGACCGGCAAAAGUUAGAUCAACAUAUUGAGGAGUUUCUCCAGGGAAUAAAGCAGGCUCAAAUGACUUUUUCCGUCAGUUCUCCUACCUUAACCCCAGUAAGGGAGUAGUGUAAAUAUGCCAACUUUGGACCAACUCUAAAAUAUUGUUUUCCGUCCUGUUCCCGGUUUUCCCCGUUAUCCAUUUUUCAGAUUUAGUCUAUUUCAUCCAUUUUCUGUCAUUACACCUAAUUUGAAUUUAAGAAGUUAAAUUUUAUGACUUUAAUGUCUGUCAUUUUCAUUUGUCAUUUACUACGUAAAUUCAGACUAAUUAAAGUCUACAAUCAUUAUUUGCAUAAAUUUAAAAAAACUCAUAAAUCUCAUAAAAACCAUAAAAGUAUAAAAAAUGUGAAUAUAGUUAAGAUUUAAGAGAAUACUACCUCGGCCCGUUCGGGGCCUCUGGGAAAAACCGGGAAAAUGACGGAAAAUAGUAUUUUAGAGUUAAUCCAGAAUCGGCAUAUGUACGCUACUAUAAACACAUUCAAUAUUUUUACAUUACAAGGGAAAUCUCCUAUUGGCAACAUUUGCUAGUUUGUUUUGACUUCGUUGAAUAUUUGAUGAUUUGCAGGGUUUUUUUCCCGUUUUUUAACCAAUCAAAGUGAUUGAAGAACAAGAUAGAAAAAGAGAACUAUUUUCUCAUUAUGAUUUUUACCUUUAUGAUCCAGAAAAUUAUAAAACAAUAUUGACAGAGGAACCUAAGGAUAGGAAAAUUGAAGAAAGAAAAUACCGUGGCUUUCAUUUUAACGAUGAUCAAAUGCAAACAAAAGAGGAUGGAAGGAAAUACAUAGAAAUUAUAGAAUAUGAAGAAAUGGAUUUAUUUGGUGAUUGUUUAGAAGAGAUAAAGAAUAACAUUAUCUUGAUGAACUUGAGAAAGAAAACAGAAAUUGUAAGAGGAAGAUCUUGAACUUUCAUCAUGAUGAAGAAGAAGAUUAAAAUAAUUCAUAACCCCUUCGGCGCUUUUCUUUAUGCCGAUCAUGUUUUACAACUUUAUCUGACAUUAUAAUAAAAUGACCAUCGAUAAAAAGAUUGUAAAACUUGUAGUUAAUUAUGACAGUAAUGAAAACAAAGAUGAACCUAAAACUAGCAAAAAUAUCCAGUGGUACUUACGGGUUUUAAAAGGCCGUCCGGGACCGAGUUGCCAGUUAGUCUGUAAGAUUGUAAUAGCAAGAAAGGACACUCAUUUUCAAGUGUUUCAGUAUCGUCCUGUACAACUUAGCUACCCUAAAUUAGAAACUGAAGUAAAUAUUUUAGACAUUUAAGAUUACCCGGCUUUAUCUACUUGUUUUUUGGUAAAAAGUGAAACCCCGAAGGUUACAAAGACUUAGAAUGAAUAAAACAACAGUUCGCAACAGUGAAGGACAAGGUGGGCGAUCACUCAUCAGUCGGUUCAUGCAUGUUCAUUGGUAUGGGGACCCCAGAUUCUUCCAUGAAAGUGUAACAUUUAUUUUCCGUUGGUGUAAAGGUAUUGCCGUUGAUUUUUUUUUUCAAAAAUCCUUCCGCGAGAAAAAAUGACUGCCGCACUCCAGAUAACAGGUUUGCAAACUGUGUCCGGAAUAUCUUUUAGAUCGCCCUACCAGUGGGGGAGCGCUGAACUGAAUCAUAUUACAAGGCCCGGUUCAGACAACCAACUUUUCAUGAGCCGAACCCACAGUGAGGUCAACAAAUUGUAAAGUCAAAAUAGCGAGGUUUUACGAUUUCUUAUUUACACUAGGUUGAAGAUAAACAAAAAAUAAAUCUUUGUACAAGUUUCCAUUCCCGUAGCAUGUUUCAUUUCGAAAAUAUAGCAAUUUGAACUUCCGAGUUUUCGCAGUGCGUGACACCAAAAUAGGAAUGCUGUCUCGUUGAAAAAAAGUCUCACCUCUUGAUUUUCAGCAGUAGUAUAUCCAUUUCAGGUAUCAGAAGAUGUGUUUAUGAGCACGUAUGCUAGUUCUUGAGUGAAAAGAAAGAGCUUUUAUAGACAAAGUGAACUCCAGAUGUUGUUGUUGAUUUCUGGCGGACCUGGCGGCCAUAUUGGUGCACCAAAACGGUGCACCAAUAUGGCGUCGCCAUACAAAGCUCUACAAAGUUGCGUGAAACGUUUCGGCAAAUAAGUCAGAAACUGCGGGCCACAAAGACCCGAGACUUGGACAAAUUGUUUAUAUAUUAGUCUUUUAUAACAUUUCGUUUUCUUGGCCUCUUCCACUGGACGGUUUUCAAUUUAUUUGUUUGUUGCGUGACAGUGAAAACGAUCAAUACAUUGAAUUAAGUACAUGAAAAGUUCGGUGUAGUUCGGAAAGUCGGAGCGGCUUAGCCGUUCUUCACGUUAGCCGGGCCGGGAAUUUCGACUAUGGAUCGGCGCCUUUGAUUCGGAUGCCAAACUUUCCUUGCGCCCAACCUAAAGGAUAAAUGAUAAUAACGUACUUUGCAAGCGCUUUCACCGAAACGAGCAUUUUUCUCCUUUUGAAUUUAGUUCGGAUGGAAUUAAGAUCGGCGUCUGAAUCAAUUCAGGUGGUCUAAAUAAUUUGGGUUGGCCUUAAUUCGAAUUAGGUUUGGCUCAUGAAAAGUUCGGCGCGUGGACGGGGCCUAAAUUUUCCCUUUAGUUAGUUAGGAAUAUGUACCCAAUGGGGCCAUGUGUGCAAACAAUUUAAAGUUGAGAAACAAAACUUUGAUAUCAGUGUACAUCAGUAACGUACCGUAGAAUGUGUCCCAGUUUUAUAGCUGAAUCGUCCACAUGCAACUCUCUUUGCAUUGAUGAAGUUCGCCGAUAAAACGAACGGUGUCCCUAGUAACGGGCGAUCGAAAGCGUCAAUUUUCUGUCACAAUUGCAAAAUCAUGGGGAAUAUUUGUAGAUCAGGUGAGGUCAGUAUUUUACGUGUGUCUCAUAAAAGGUAAAAAGGUAGAAGGUUUCAAUGAAUAGAAGCGCGAAACACAUGUUCUAGAGUGUACAAGAGUUUGAAGUUUCAAUUCACUUAAUACCUUGCACUUUCUAUAUAUCUUGGAAAAGUCUGAAAGCCGUUCUCCAAGAAAGUCAGAUAAAAAGCAUGAUUCGGUGUCGUGUUCAAACAUGUUCAAAGGAAGUUCCUUUAAUCAUUAUUAUGUCCUGCAAUAACAAAUCUUGUAUUGAAUGAUACUGUCAAGAAUGAACAUGCUACUGUUAUGCUAAAAUUACAUGACGCCGGGGCGACUUUCGCCCCGGAGUGAGUUCACACAGGUUCCCUCUCAUGGCUCUAUAUUUGUUUACAUGAUACCACCACAAAAUGUCGUGCCGGCGCGAGUCACCCCGGCGUGAGUUCACGCCGGUUCUUGUACCGGGGCGAGAAUUUCACUCCGGUACAAAAUCAGGUCGUUUCGCGUACAAUGAUACCGUUGCGACCCGUUUCGGCGUUAAAUCAGUCUGCCGGUAGACUGGAACGGGUAGCGCAUGCGUAAUGUUUGCGACUUUGAAUCACACCUGUAUUUUAUCAACAUGAAGUGUACCUUCAAAUAACGAGAUAUGAAAUGGCAAAGUCAUCAUGUAAAUGAUUGCGAAAUCAAAAAGUCAUCCUGGUAUGAAACUCGCGCCGGUGCGAGUUUUCUCUUGUAAACACCCCCUAAGACAUAACGACCGUAUAAGGCAAGGCCUGAUACAAAGAUAGUAACAUUACAAAAUAGAGAAGAAAUGACAGAAAUGAGUGCUCUAGGUUUCAAUAACACACAAAUAAAACAAACUUAUGGCAAUACAUUAGUCAUUAAGAGCCACUGAGAACAGUCUGGAAAGGAAAUGAAAUAUGUCACUUGUGUGACGCUGAGACUAUGUUUGGAAAAAUACGUCACCGUUUUCGCGGAAACAAUGGUUUUUCUAGGAAAUAUGAAAAAUUUCUUCAUAUGUAGUCGAAUGUUUUUUUGUGUGUGUCAGUGUGUCUUGAAUCGUUCAGUCAAACCUUUCGAACCUGCUGUUAGUACAGUUUGUGGCUGGUUUGAUACUCCCUUCAAUUUUCUCCAAUCUUUGGAACAGUGCUGCCCGUGACCUUUUACAAAGGGUUUGAUAAAAGUACUUCGCUCUACUCAGUAGCUGAAAAUCAUGAUAGGUGAUCGAGGCGUAAUGAGCGAAAUAGCGUUGGCCAUUUCUGAUGAAGGACGACUAGCGGUUAUCAAAAGAAGUGAAUACCGAGUCGAGUUGUAUGGUGGAGCAGAUGGUAAAGAUGCAAGACCGGUAAAUAUAACGACUAAACAAAAUCUUAUAAGACCAUACAACCUUUGUUUUGCCCCGAUGAACCACCUGCUGAUCACAGAUAUCGGUGACCGCAGUAUCAAGAUAUACAGCUUAAAGAACAAAGAGCCUGAACUUGUGCGGAAAAUCGCUUGCUACGAAAAGAAAGCACAAGCUAUAAUCCAGAUGGAAACUUCUGCAGGCCCUUUUUCCGCUCUUUCAUCGUCGUCAGAUAAAUACCUGACUCCUUUCACUGUAACUGCUGGACCGAGUCCGCUUUCUCAGAUUUUCGCUGUGUUUGAAAACUAUAUUUUUGUGAUUACCAUUGACUGGAAUUCACUGGAGUUGAUCGAUUAUCGACGGCUUUCUACACAAAGUGAUUGGAGUUCUGUACAGUGCAAAAUGAAAAAAGAGUGCGAUAAGACGAGUAUUGUUCAUGACCACAAAGAUAAUCACAAAGUUGGAGGACAGAAUCCUUUGGCAGUUACAGAAGGACAGUUUUGUGCCAUGUUUUAUCACGUCACGGAGACAAAGAGAGGCAAAAUUGAUUUUCAUUAUAAGUGCCUGCAAACGUCGAAAUGUCGAGUUGGGAAGAAGGCAAGGUCAAACCCAAGAGCUGACUACGCCGCAACUGUUGUAGUGUAUGUUCGGUUGACUGAUCAAAACGGUCGCCUGAUAUUCCACGCCAGAUAUGGGAAUUGUUUCGAAGGUGAGAGGAGAAAUACAAUUCAUGCAGAGUAUUUUAUGCUUGUAGAUGAAGAGUUCAGACAAGCUGUGAAAUUCUUAGGAGAUCAGAAAGGGAAAAAAAAAAUUAAGAUGUACAUGAACAAACAGCCUUGCUUUCGAUCAACCAGACACCACGAUAAGAUGCCUGGACUGAAGAGAAAGGAAUGUUCUCAAGACUUGGUCAAGUUCUACACAUCGUAUUGUUUAUCACAUAACAUUAAGCUUACUAUAAAUCUCUGCCAGUUGUACAAAGUUGACAUGCCCUCUUCGUCUUCUCUUAAAGAUAUUGAAAAUGCUAAGAAGGGCAUGGAAAUAAUGAAGUCUGUCGGUAUUAAGCUGAAAGCUAUGACUGAAAAUAGCUGGCUACAACUUGCAGGCUAUGCAGACAUCGAGUUGCCGGAGUACACUAAUGGUGAUGACCGGCAAAAGUUAGAUCAACAUAUUGCUGAGUUUCUCAAAAGUAUCCCAAGCUAA